AUGGAUCCCCUGCCGAAUCCAGCGCCCCUGGCCUCGAAGCUGCGGAACACACUGGUUCGGUACCACAGCAUCGGAGAUAGCGAGUGGCGUGUGGCGAAGAAAACCAAAGAUGCAACUGUGUGGCGCAAACCAUCAGAGGAAUUCAGUGGAUACCUCUACAAAGCUCAAGGAGUGGUGGAAGAUGUAACUAACAGAAUAGUGGAUCAUAUUCGCCCUGGACCUUAUAGACUAGACUGGGACAGCUUAAUGACUUCAAUGGACAUCUUGGAAACAUUUGAAGAGAACUGCUGUGUGAUGCGCUAUACUACUGCUGGCCAGCUCUGGAACAUCAUAGCACCAAGGGAGUUUGUUGAUUUCUCUUACACCACAAGCUACGAAGAUGGGCUUCUAUCAUGUGGUAUAAGCCUAGACUAUGGAGACGUGAGACCUAACUUUGUCCGUGGAUUCAAUCACCCUUGCGGUUGGUUCUGCAUCCCUCUUAAGGACUAUCCUAGCCACAGUCUUUUGACAGGCUAUAUUCAGACUGAACUGCGAGGGAUGCUACCACAAUCUGCAGUAGACACUGCCAUGUCUAGUACACUGACCAAUUUCUACUCUGACCUCAAAAAGGCACUCAAAACAUAG